UACAGACAAAGGAGAUCGUUGCCAAGAAACCACUCAAGACUGAACUACAAAAAAUCUUUUAAAUCUUCGACGACUCGCAGACGAAAACCUUUACCAUCUUCCUGGACAAUAAACCUUCGAAAUUCGCCGUCAAGACAUGAAAAUUAUAAAUGUGUUCACUCUUAUUACUUACCACCUAGAAGAAAAGCCAAAUAUCAAGGCUCAACUCGUACACAAGAUUACAUGAAUCACGAAAUGAAAGUUUGUGAAGCUAAAAGUCAUGGUUCUGGUAAUAGUAAAAGAUACAUUGUUGAAAACCUUUCAAAACUAUCCCAUGCUAAAAAUGCUAAAACCUCGACUUAUUACAAAAUUUCUGGUCGAUCACAACUCAGCUCACAUUCGGAUGCGUCAGAAGUAGAUUAUAAAUCAUCGCCUGUCCUUCACGACCAAAUUAAGGAUCAAAAUUUUCAAGCAAUUUAUUCCGACAAAAAGUGGGAAGAGAAAUCACAUAACCCAGAAAUCAUGUCCAUUGUCAGUGGCAGUGAGUUUUCUGAAUUCUUACCCACUCCUCCACGGCCAAGCGACAGCCAAUCACAUAUCUCUACGGAUGGAUAUUCCCGUGGUAGUUACAAAUCAUUUAAAAACAAACUUGAAAGAAACGUUAAAGAAAACAGGGAGGUUGUUGUUGAAGACAGAAGUCAAUCAGAUCAAGAAAAACAUAAUGAAUCAUUUGAAGAAACUUUAGAGCGUUUACGAUAUGGUGAGACGCGUGAGAGGAAUGGAAACGAAAGCAGAAAAAACGUCGGUUCAUUUAAUAAAGAGACGAGCAGUUGGUCGUGGACUCAUAAUGACAGCGGUUUUAGAAAGAAACAUCAUGUGCCAAUAAAUGGUGUGCAAGUCCUACCACUAGAACCAGUUUUUAUUCAGUUUGAAAAUAGCGACGAGGAGAAAGAAAAUUGAAGUUGAAUGAUUUAUUAACAAGCUAUUUUAGACUUAUAAAUGGUUCACUUUAUAUGGUGAAUUUACUAUCUAUGUAAUAUCUUUCUAUUUAUUUUUCAUACAUUUGAAGGACAUUUAAA